AUGCGGUCCUUGGACAUUGCGGAGCUGGCAGAGCCGGAGGAGGUGGAGGUGAUGGAGCCCGAGGAGGACUUUGAGCAGUUCCUGCUCCCGGUCAUCAACAAGAUGCGCGAGGACAUUGCGGCGCUUACCUGCGAGCAUGGGAGAGCCUACCUGCAGAACGGGAGCAAGCUGUGGGAGAUGGACAGUAUGCUCGUCCAGAUCAAGACGCAGGUGGAGGCCUCAGAGGAGAGCGCGCUCAACCAUCUGCAGAAUGUGGACAAUGGAGUCGAGGGCAGAGGGACCAAAUGGUGCGAGAAGGCAGAGGAGAAGGCCAAGGAGAUCGCGAAGAUAGCAGAGAUGCUGCUGGAGCUGCUCUGGGGGAUAGAGAAGAGCGAGUCAUCCUGAAGGAGGGUCAGCGGUUUACAGCCAAUGGAUUCUGGUCAACUGAUGGAGAUUGGCUGACACUCUGGAGAAGCUGAAACCAGAGAGCCUUUUGUUUUCUCUUUUUUCUCUGUCUACGCUCUGUCCUCACUUACACCACGUUUCUGCUAUGGUCUGUGGUUAAUGACCUCAAUGUGAGUUUUGACUGUUAAAUGUUUUUC